AUGAAUGGCGAUACGAGCUCUAGCUCGAGCCCCAGCUCGAGCUACAGCCAGAGUCCCAACGGGAGUGCGACGAUGACUACCGCUACUACGAUGGGUGCGACUCCCAAGAGUGAGCUGCAACAGACUUUUGUCGGGUUCCAGAAACAAUUACAGUCGGUUCUCGAGAUUGAUUUCUUUAGAGAUGAUUCGCUGGUGAAGGGUGCGUUGCAGAUGAUCCACUCCAAGAUUGGGCAGAUGCUGGUACAGGCGCUUGUACCGGGGCCCAGUGGGUCCAAUGGGUCCAGUGGAUCCGCUGGAACUGCUGGUUCCCAGGCAGGCAGCGGCCCGGAAAUCGUGUCAUCGGACGCACAUGUCGUGCUAGACCUCACCUGGAAACACGUCCACUACCCAAUAUUCAAGUACUUCCAGAAUUGGAGAAGCAGAAACGUCGCUGAAGGUUCAAGACCGAACUAUGCUGGUCACCGGCAAUUGAACUCAGUGCUGCAGAAAAUCUACCCGCACAUCAACAGGCUGUACCAGUCGCACGUCGAGCUUAUCUUUGCGCACUACGACUUGGCCGAACUCGUGCCAUCGGACACUAAAUCCAAGUUGAUUGUGUCGUCCGGGGCCCAGGAGGAGGCACAAGCUCAGGCCCAGGCCCAGGCACAGGCCUUGGGUGCACUGGCCCAGGGUAUAACUGCCCUCAAGGCAAAAGACCCAUUCUCCAUCGACUGCGUCAUGGCCUUGCAAAGGUGCUUGCUCUACAUCGGCUGUGCACAGCGCUACAAAAUCAUGAUGGAACACUUAUCUGACAAGUACCAGCAGGCAGACUUCCAGAAACCCUUCAAGUACUUCGACAUCGCCUUCACAAUCGUCCCCUCGGUGGGCGAAACCUUUUUGCAAAGAGGUAUCUGCUACACCCAUACCAAAAACUUCGGUAACGCGGCGUACCAGUUUGUCAGAAGCUCCUUGUCGAGGAUCCCAAGUGACGCAGGUGUCCCUAACUUCAAAAACUUGCUCGGAGACUCAAACGGUUCCCUCUUCAAAAAACUACUAGUCUCCUUAGACGACUUGAAAGUCCAGGAAACUAUCAAGAAGAGAAUCAUCAAUAUGGAAAUUAUGGAGUUCUACAUCCUACCACUGAUAGGCUCCUACAUAUUCCCACAAACUUGGAAAUCAAAUAGACAUUCGGAUCGUUUAAAACAUUUCCAAACCCUGCUCUUCGAUAAGAUAGAGAUUAGAUACAUUAAGAAUAUCUCAAUGAUUUUCCAGGAUCUAAUUCUACUAAUAGGUAGUUUCCACAUUAACCAGAUGAUCAACCCGGCAACGUCCAGUGCCCCUGUAUCUGCCCUUAAUGAUAGAAAAGUUGUAAAUGGGAACGGAUCCACUAACAACAACAACAACAACAACAACAACAACAUCUCCCACUCGUCGGAAAACAAACUUCUUGAAUUCAUCUUCAAAUUUUUCACCCAUCUUAUCGAUAAGGUUAUUAUGAAGGAAUUCAAAAACUCGGAAAUGUUCCAAUACCUUGCAAUGGUUAGAAUUAUGAUGUGUUGGAUCAAAUCGCAUAAGAACGUUCUAAGAUUUGCUCACAGAUACAAUCCUUUCUGCCAAUCAAUGGCUAACUUGACCAAUGAACUUUUGGCUUGUAAUGAAUGGUCUAUAGACUUUGAGAAUUUGCACAGACCAACUAGAUCCUACUUCUACGAAGAAGAUAUCAUGCUGAAAGAAUUUAGCCCUGUGAAGUUCAAUUUGUCUGACUUCAACGAUGAAAAACUUUUGACCAUGGAUAACCUACCAGACAGAUUGGCAGGGAAAACUAAAUCGAAGCCCAGAGCUAAAGAGGAACAUCUUUCCAGAGUUCAGGUAGUCGUUUAUUCUAACAAAAAGUUCUUGGAGAAGAAUUGCUGCGGCUUCAAACUUGAUGCUGAAAAGAAGAGAUAUACCCACACCGCAGUUAAAAGAGGUAAGGCCAAUAACAACAACAGUAACAGCAACAAUAACAAUAACAACAAUAACACUGUGCCAAACUUCAGUAAAUCGGAAUCUGCCGGAAAGAACUUCACCGUUGACGGUAACAAUUCUGAAACCAAGAGCUUCCCACAGAAAAACGGCUUUAGUGUUGCGUUUACUUCUAGAGACAAUGGUGUUAAUCCACCAACGAACACCGUAGAAAUAUCAACGACUCCGAACUAUGGUGCAGAAACUCACGAGACUGUUAUUCCAAAUAAUGUCUGGAAUUACAGCGGAUCAUCUGUCCCUCAAGCACCAAUGACGUUUAAUGUUGCCCCAUCGUUUUCUGUGUCCACCGUUAUUGAAAGACACGAAACGGAAAGGACUUUUAACAUGUACAAUAAAACGGAGCUGUCUACCGCUAGUAACAGCACUUGUAAUAGCAACGGUUCUGUCACAUCCCAUUUCUCCCCAAUGAACUCUCAAAACAUUUCUUCGAACCCGUUGUCUUCAACCAAUACCAAUUCCAGUUCAUUGGAUUCCAGGGAAAAUAGUAGUGGUCCAAGUGAAACUCAGAAACUAAACGUCCAAAAUCUGUCAACAUUCAACAAUUACCUACAAAAUACAUCCCAUGAUUCUCACAUAAGUAUUUUUGCCAGGGACAACGUUGUUAUGUCUUCUCAAGCCAGUAAUUCUGCAGGACUCUACGAGCAAGCUCACCAAAGAACCUACAUGGGAUCGCAGUAUGCACAGUUCCAUAACCCAUUCAACUCCUUCCCCUCUCAGUUUGAUCAUCUUCAUAAUGCAGAGACCCAACCUCAAAACCCAAUGAUGGCUAGACGUGAUUCGCAGUUCUUCCCAAACAAUGGGUCCAUGCAAGGUGAUCAUUUACCAUCUAUGGCUCAAAAAGUUGACGAUCAGUUCAACUUCUUCUUCUAUACUUAA